AUGUCCGUUCACUGUGGCAACAAGUUUGUCUGCCAUAAUGUAUUCAGGUCUCUGUUUAUGGCGACCACAAAGCCAAACUUGCAGCGACGAAAGCUCUCCACUUUGAUUAUGGAGCAAGUCAAACAUACUACACUGGCCACCGAGACCACAUCAAUGAACGCCAUCGCAUCCGAUACCAUAGCCAUGAAAAUAGCACGAUGCAAGCAGAUGAGCGAAUACAACCAGAGAUUAAAGGCCCACGCAUCGAAAUUCAGAAAACGAGACCAAAGCCAACUUAAUGCGGUAGCUAUUAUUGAAGAGAUGAAGGAGAAGGGAUUUCAACCUACCAGCCAGAACUAUCUGCAACUGCUAAUGGGGAUCUCGCUACAACGACAUCGAACACACAAGCAGAAUCAGCGCAUGGAAUUGUGGUUUGAAGAGCUCCUGAGGCUGGAAUUGCUCAAGAGGAAUCCAUGGCCAAAGUUGAAGAAGGCUGUCAUGGCCAUGUCAUUGAAGGGACAUCCGAAUAUGAAGGCCAUGUUUUUAAAGCUGGAUAGUCUACAUACAGUACAAGAUAGUGCGUGUUGGAAUGCGGCAAUCAUGGGAUGUGUCAGGGACAGGCAACUACAAGAUGCUGAGGAACUGCUGACAUUAGCCCAGGAGAGGAAUUUGGCAAGCUCGGAAAGCUAUCAAAUCCUGAUUGACGUCUACCUCUUUCUGCAAGAUCAACCGUCCGCGAGUCGAAUAUUCUCACUCAUGAUACAGCACAAUGUGGCAGCCGAUUUUCCUAUUUUUGAAUCCUUCAUCAGCUAUUACAUGUCACUACCGACAAAUGACGAUACUUUUCGCACAUUGGAUCGACUAUGGCAGGCAGUACUUUUGACAAGCACACACAAUAUACCAGACGACAUGAUAUUCAAGUUACUAUCGUAUUAUGGAUUACAUGGCGAACUAUCAAGAGGUGAGCAGGUGUACUUGGAUGUCAAAUCACGGCAUCAAAAAUUGGACCGACGAUGCCUAGGCCAGCUGAACAAAAUCAUCAUUGGGUUCUGCAACAAGAGGCAACUACCGUCCGCAUUGUCGUUGAUGUAUGAUUUGGUAGGACAGGGAUACAAUCCGAGCAGCCGAGUGUUGUGUAAAAUCAUCAAUGCGUGUAAAGAUAUGGAUGAUAGAGAAGCAGCACAGCAGCUCAUCACUACAAUCCAACAAGUAGACCCAGGGGCGAAAUUAGCGCAACAAUGUUUUGAUGCUCUGGAUGCACAAGACUGA